GGUGGGGCGUGGCGGGGGGGGGGGAGGUAGCGGCGGCGGCGCGUGCCAUGCGCGCGGGGGGGCGGGCCCGGCGGCGUUAACCCCUCCGCGGCCGGCUGCGGUAAGCGCCGGGGGCUUCGGCCCCGCGUCAUGGCCCGGGCGGCCUGAGGAGGAGCGGUGGGAGGGGCGGCCCCAUGCGCUGAGGGUAGCGCCUGUGCCCCGAGGGAGCGGAGCCCAGCGCCAUGGCCGACGCGGCGCCCGCUGAGCCAGAACCGGAGCAGGAGCCCCAGUGCGAACCAGAGCCCCGCGGCGACCCCCCGCCGGAGCCCAAGCGCGGCGACGCGGCCGACGGCGAGACCGGGCGGCUGCCACCCCCCGGGGCGGAGGAGGCGGCGGCGGCGGGCGGCGCCGAGGGGCGGCCGGUGGCGGGCGGAGCGGCGCGUCCCGGCCUGGGCCCGCGGUUCCGGUCAUCGGUGGGUCGCACCGAGGAGUGGCCGGUGAAGAAGAAGCACCGCCGGCGGCCAUCGAAGAAGAAGCGGCGCUGGAAGCCCUACUCGAAGCUGAGCUGGGAGGAGAAGCAGCAGUUCGACGAGCGGCAGAGCCUCCGCGCUUCCCGGCUGCGCGCCGAGAUGUUCGCCAAGGGGCAGCCGGUGGCCCCCUACAACACCACGCAGUUCCUGAUGGAGGACCACGACCAGGAAGAGCCCGACCUGAAGACGGGGCUCUACCCGCGUCGGGCGGCCGCAAAGUCGGACGACACGAGCGAGGAGGAUUUCCUGGAGGAGGCGGCGGAGGAGGACGGGGGCAGCGACGGGAUGGGGGGGGACGGCAGCGAGUUUCUGCAGCGGGACUUCUCGGAGACGUACGAGCGGUACCAUGUGGAGAGCCUGCAGAACAUGAGCAAGCAGGAGCUGGUGAAGGAGUACCUGGAGCUGGAGAAAUGCCUCUCCCGCAUGGAAGAGGAGAACAACCGGCUGAGGAUGGAGAGCAAAAAACACGGGGGGGAAGCAGCGGAGAUGGCCCGGGUGCGGCAGCUGGAGCUGGAGGUGGACAGGUUGCGAGCCGAGAACCUGCAGCUGUUGAAGGAGAAGGACCUGCCCGGGCAGGAGAAAGGCCCCUGCCAGCUGGGGGAGUGACACUGGGGCGGGGGGGCACGGGGGGGCUUUUUACAGUGGUGGGGUGUAACAUUCUAUACAUCUGUACAGAGACGCCGCGGACCCUUUUUAACGGGAAUAAAGCGCAGCUGGGGAGCGGGGCUGGGCGCUGCCGGGGCCUCCCCCCCUUUUUUAGGUGGCUGUGAUGGGGCAAGGGGGGGUUUGAUGUAUUGGUGAUACUUGGUUUAUUUUUUUUUUUUUGUCUUAAAAAAAAAAAAAUCCCCAGGAAAGCUGUAAAUUGGCCAAAACUGACUAUAAAAAAAAUUACAGAGGUCUAAUAAAUUUAAUUACUUGUAA